AUCGCCAGAAAUGACAUGCGAGCAUGGGAAUUGUAUGUUUUCUGUCUUAAAUGUAAAUUAUCCAGCUAUGUGAAUGCUUGGGAGAAGUGUUGCUGCAUCAGACAGAUCAUCAAAGAACUCCUUCAGACACGAUGAUGGGUGCCAAUAACUCUAAAAGACAGGCUAGCAGCCAAAAAACGGACCCCAAGACUCGGAUUAAGCACCGAGAUUCUGGAAAACAGCAUGAAUUUGACAACGCACAAGACUUCAGUGAUGUUCUGCAUUCGUUGUGUAUUGGCCAAAUGAAGGACUUGGCCACUAUGGCACCAGAUGAAACUCUGUCUGAUGCUCAGGUUGAAGCAUUCCGAGCAGCGUUUGACCUGUUUGCCACCAGCUCUAGGGGCAUCAUCAAUGCAGAGGGGCUCUCCUCCUUACUAGAAACAGUGGAUAUGAAACUUAGCCCUUCAGAAACAGAGACUUGUCUACACAGAGCUGAUUAUGAUGGGGACGGUGAGGUGGGGUUUCAGGACUUCCUGUCUCUAAUGACAGACAGUCAGAAAUUUACCACAUGUAUGAAAGUGGAGCCUCCACCAGACCCUUCUCAGGUAGUGGUGGUGAUUGACACUGUAUUCUACAAUGCCCUGGAUAAGAUGCUGAAUGCCGGCUUAAUUCCCAGUAUUGCCACUGGAGAGAUAAUUAGGUACUACCACAAGAAAUCGCUACAUCACAUUUGGUGUGCGGCACCACAGGUGUUUGAAGACCGGGGCCAUGUGCUCACGUACUACGCCAAGGGAGCUCAUCUCAUAGGUUUACAGCCUAAACAGUUGAUGAAGUAUAUCCUACCUUAUGCCCCAUCAACAAGCCCAUACUCCAAGCGGCCCAGUCUGAACGUGUCACUGUCAAACACUGUCGUGGGCAAGAGGGUAAUCAAGAAACCCACUCCAGCUGCAACAGAGAGUCUGUCAGCCAAAACCAGGAAUGAUGUGGAGAUAGAAGAGCACAUAAGACAGCUGUCUUUUCAGCACCCAGGGACAGAGACAAAGGAUCUGAUCACUCCAGUAAAGGUCAAGAUAAAAUUGCAAAUGAAAAACCGGAAGUGUCUCACCUAUAAUGACAUCAACCAGAUACAAUACAAGUGCAAAAAGGGUCUGAACAGCUUCCUGGACACACUGACCCAUUACAAACAACGUGAUGCUUGGAAGUCCUGGGGCUCCCUUCAGGUCUACCAUCGAGCGCUGGGCUUCAAGGCCUUCCCUGACACCUUCUCAACCUACACCUGGAGCUGGAGUGGCUGCAGAAAUAUGCUCCAGCCUCAAGACCUGCAGGACAGGUGGAACUUGCCCCUUCCCCUGGCCACACUCGUGCCCUCAGGCUGACAACUGAAUUCAUGUUUCCUAUUAAAAUAAUUCAGUAUUUCAAUGUCAAUAAAUCAUAAUGUCAAUGAAUGUCAGCAUCUUGUUAAUCUAUUGACAGAUGUGUGGUUGCCAAAUGUGCUUUUCAUAGCCGGUGUGAAUAAAACGGUCCAUUAGAUUCAUAGUCCAUGUUAAAUGUGUAGUGCAAAAGUAUUUGUGCCUGUGCAUU